AUGUUUGGAGCUAAUGGUGAUAACCAGGAGACGGGAGCCGACUCGAUGGCGGGACGCGUAGAAGUCCAAGCCAACCAAGCAGCGCCAUGGAGUGAGCCAGGCCCCUCGACUGCGGAAGGGUCACAUCGGGCAUUGACCCCAAGGGUCAUUGACCAGCGAAAUGAGCGUCAUUUGCGGUCACCGCUGCCCGGUCCUUCGAGGAUAUCUUUCGUGUCGCUUUAUGAUACGCAGGACACGCCUGAUCAGCGUGGGAGUGUUGGCUCGGCGGCGGGACGCGCUAGCGUUCACGCUGAUCAAGCAAUGCCAAGGAGCCCCAUCACGCCUGUUAUGUCAGAGGUAACGCAACACGGUAUAAGCAGCGCGAACAGUCGCCGGGUUGAAUCACAAACACGCACACUACCGAACGAAAAUACCGCGGAACGCAAUUUCACUAACGGUCAUCGGGAUGAGCCGCCGCAUCAGGCGCCAUCGGGCGAGCACCAAGCGUACUUAGCUGCGAUACCGAUGGAGUCGGCCAUUGCAAUCGAACAAGGUUCGAUUUCCCGAAAUGCCGAAUUGGUUCGGAAAAGGAUUGAGGUUGAAAGAAGGCAGAUUGAGUUGAGGAAGAUGGAGAUUGAGUUGAUUGAGCUCGAAGAGGCUGAAAUGAUGGCACUAGGUGGCAGCAUGCGGGACAGUGUUCAGCGGCCUAAAGCCGAGCAGUGGGUAACGGCAACGGAUCGCUUCGGUAUGGCUUCAUCGUUCAGAGGGGUACCUGAGACACCCCAAUUCGCGAGUACAGCCCACGUACCACCGCCGUAUGAUUUUCAGGGUUACUCACGAUUCCCAGACUACUACACUUGGAGGAGAAGUCACGAUAGCGCGUAUCGUAGGGCAUCGGUUAUCCCGCCGGUGGACCACACCAUACCACCACAGCAUCGUACGCGAUCGUAUAGGGCUCCUACCCAGUACGCUAAUGCUAGCAACCUGUCGGAAGUACAGUGGUCGGCCCGACUGAGUGGAAACGUGACUGAGUUACCAACGUUCAGUGGUGAAUCGCGAGAAUGGCCCAUGUUCAUCCGCAUGUUCGAGAAGUCGACGGAAGUGUACGGGUUUACCGACGAGGAGAAUCUGCUACGGCUGCAACGAGUCCUGAAAGGAGAAGCAAUGGAGGCAGUUGGUCAUUUGCUACUGCUUCCAAAUAGUUUGAAGGAUGUCCUUGAAAUGUUAGAAGCGCAGUACGGGCGACCGGACCAAAUAAUAGAGGCCACGAUCGAAAAGAUUCGGAAGAUGCCCGUGCCAAAGCCAGACUGCCUACGUUCUCUGGCUAAGUUCGGGUUUGCAGUGAGAAACCUCUGUGCUACGAUCGAAUCGCUGAGGUUGCCGGAGUACGCCUAUAACGUUGCGCUUCUCAGUGAGCUUGUGAGUAGGCUUCCGUCCGAACCUGCACGUGAAUGGGCGCGACACAAGAGGCAAUUCGGGUGUGGUAGUGUUACCGAUUUUGGCAGAUGGAUCAGCGAAGUGGCACGAGACGCGAUAGAUGUCAGUGUGGAGCCACUGCGCCGUGUUACGAACGAGCGUAAGGAAGAACCCGGCAAGCGUGAGCAGAAUUCUCAGCAACCGCGUCUGCCUGUUCGGGCUGACCGAUCAGGAAAUCAGCCCCCUCGAACAACAUACUGGAACGUGCACACGUCUCGGUGUUCGGAGUCUCUACCGGUUGCUGCGGCCACCACCAAUACAGCGUCACCACAAUGUCAACUGUGUAAAGGUACGUGCAGCUCACUUUCGCAAUGUAAACGGUUUCUGCACUUUUCAGUAGCAGCUCGAAGGAGCCACGUGAAGGAAAAAGGUCUGUGCAAGAAGUGUCUCGGCAGACAUAGGACCGGCUGCUCGAUUGUAACAGCGUGCGGCGUAAACGGAUGCAACGGAAUGCAUCACGUCCUGUUGCACAUCGCAGCGCCAGAUGAAGAACGCGCUCCAGAGGUUGGUUUGUGCCACACGCAUUCAGGAACCGUAGAUCGCGCUCUUUUAAAAUACGUGCCGAUCAAGGCGUAUGGACCGCGCGGUGAGGUCGAAACAUUUGCCUUUAUGGACGAUGGUUCCUCUUCGACGUUCAUCGAUAGCUCCUUGGUAGAGGAACUGGGGCUAACGGGCACACCUGUGCCGCUUUGUAUCCAGUGGACCGGCGGAGUGACGCGCCAAGAGAACUGUUCCGUGCGCCUUAACCUCGAAGUAUCUGGAAGAAACGGGAGCCGUAAGUACGACCUGAUCAACGCGAGAACGGUAAAAAUGUUGGGGUUACCUACGCAAACGGUGGCGGCUUCUCAGUUGGCUGACCAGUAUUCGCACCUGAGAGGGCUGCCGAUCGCCUCUUACAGCAACGUUCAGCCUCGUAUUCUCAUUGGUGUCGACAAUUGUCGAGUGACCAGACCAUUGAAGACGGCUGAGAGGAGCGAACACGAGCCAGUCGCCUCGAAAACGCGUUUGGGAUGGAUUAUUUACGGCCCGUGUCCGAUAGCGGAGAACGUGCCCGGAGCAGUGUAUAAUAGUUUCCACGUGUGCCUGUGCGACGGAGUGAGUGCGGAGCUGUUGAACACCGAGGUGAAGAAGAUGUUCUCCCUGGACACCAUUGCUGUUGAAAAACCAAUCAGCGUGUGGCGCUCGAAAGAGGACGACAAGGCGAUGGCGAUUCUAGAAAAGGAAACGGUGUUGGUUAGUGAUCAAUAUGAAUCGGGACUGCUGUGGAAAGCGGAAAAUAUUCGACUGCCCUGUAGUAAAGCGAUGGCUUUGAGACGAUACCACUGUCUGAAACGGCGUAUGCAGAAGGAUCCAGUACUGGAUGCAGCGGUACGAGAUACGAUACGGAAUUAUGAGAAGAAAGGUUACAUCCGUCGCUUGACGGAAGCUGAAGCGGCUGAACGACAUCCCCGAGACUGGUACCUGCCAGUGUUUCCUGUAACGAAUCCAAAUAAGCCAGGUAAGAUUCGUUUAGUGUUCGAUGCUGCCGCUACCGUUAACGGUAUCAGCCUUAAUAACAAUCUUCUCACCGGACCGGAUCUUACGGCUAACCUGUUGGAAGUGCUGUUCAAAUUCCGGGAGUUUAGCGUGGCUGUGGUCGGAGACAUCCGCGAGAUGUUUCAUCAAGUGUUGAUAAAGCCGGCCGAUCAGCGAAGCCAGAUGAUAUUCUGGGAAGGAGAUGCUGCCAGUGACGAACCCGUCACGUAUGCUGUUGCAGUGAUGACCUUCGGAGCCGCCUGUUCACCGAGCACCGCGCAGUACGUGAAGAAUCACAACGCAGAGCGGUUCGAGUCGGAGUAUCCACGAGCGGUGGAGUGUAUCAGAAACGAACACUACGUCGACGAUAUGCUGUUCAGUGUCGAAACGGAACAGGAAGCGAUUUCUCUGGCGGAACAGGUGCGAUACAUACAUUCUCGGGGUGGAUUCGAGAUACGUAACUGGAUUUCCAAUUCGUCACGAGUCAUGGAACGUGUGCAGACCAUCACUGAAACGGAAAAGAGUUUCAACAUGGGUAACGAGUUCAGUGCGGAAAAGGUGCUUGGUAUGUGGUGGGACACCCUUACGGAUACCUUUUCGUUUCGGCUGUCCAAGAAGUACGAUCAGGGCAUCCUGUCUGGAGGACAACUUCCAACGAAGCGAGUGGUGUUGCGGACGCUAAUGAGCAUUUACGAUCCGAUGGGACUGGUGGGACAGUUCCUUAUGUUCCUGAAAAUGUUGCUGCAGGAAAUUUGGAGAAGUGGUUAUGAUUGA